AUGCCUAACAUACUCUAUCAAUUCGAUCCUGAUGGAGAUGUGACAUUCAUCAUGGAGCGUGCUCCAAAUUCCCUGCCGCAGAACUUGGGUGAUCUCAACGCUUCUCUCCUCUCGAAGUGCUAUGUUAGUCAGUCAGAUCCCGCCAAAAACUCUGGAUUAUCUCUGCACAUCCGUGCAUCCUCAAAGCAUUUAGUUCUAGCCAGCCCACAGUUCAGGGCCACAUUCCAGAAUGGAUUCCAGGAGGGCAAUGAGCUCCGAUCUGUGGGUCAUAUAGAGAUGCUGAUCUGUGACUGGGAACCUGUGCCGUUUCUGCUACUGAUGGCUAUCUUUCACGGGCAGACUCGGUUAGUGCCACACUCUCUAUGCUUUAACUGGCUGAGAGAUAUGGCUGUACUUGUUGACUACUACCAAUGCUACGAAGCUGUUGCCAUGGCUGCUGCUCUGUGGACUAGAGAAUUUGAAAAGAAGCAGUCGACAAUAGCUAGGGAGAAUCCCAUGGAGUGGCUAUGCAUCACAUGGGCUUUGCGAAAGAAUCAAGCCUUUGAAUUCGUAACGAAGCACAUCCAGCUAGAGCACACAGAAAAGAUCUUCGCAAAUAAACUGGCAAUCCCUGCUAAGGUCAUAGAUACGUUGCAGACGUCGAGGUCAACAGGUAUUUGCAAUGUUAUUGACGCUCUCUAUGACCUAUUCCAUCACUUGCGAUAUGGCCCACAACUGUGUAGCUUCGAAUGCGAUCUGACGCGCCUAGCAGCACUUGUCAAAGGAAAGCAGAAGUUUGGCAUAUUUUCAAAAACGUCCCAGCGACCUGCUGCCGGAUACAGUUUCAUGAAACUGAGAACCGCGUGUUUUGGCAUGGACAGAGAUUACUCAUUUCAUUGCUGUAAGCUGAUGCCACAGGUUCUUAAAGUGCUAGACAAGGAAUAUGAUUCACUGAACCGUGGCCUCACCCUUGGUUCCUUUACUCCUCUGCGAGGAAAGGCUUGA